AUGAGAAGUUGUUGUAGAUCUGCCUCUGGCAUUCUACCACUCAUUGAUGGUAGUAACCCUAAGGUCGAGGUGAAGAGCACAACUGGUUUGGCGAGUAAGGCUCGGUCCAUGGCUCGGGCGUUGAGCUCUCGUAAUGGUGGUGGCCAUACCAAUGCUGAGUACGUUAGCUUGGUAUUGGUGGGCAACAGUAGAUGCGACCUCAAUCCAGCGAGGCUGCUGUCGAGGCUUAUACCCCAGAGCUACGUGAAGUGUGUGAAGAUGAAAUCAAUUCCCUCAGUGGAAGACUUAUCCAAGCAGUUGUCGAAGCUCAGUGCUGUGCUCCCUCGUAUUGUCGCUGAGGAGGCUCAUAAGACCUACGUCAUGUGCCCAGAGGAAGCAACGGCUCUCAGAAGAGACGCUGUGAAGAGGGUCGUACCUAGUCGUUACGCCGGAAGCGAUGAUAGCGUCAGGCAAAGGCUUCGUAGUGAUGCCA